AUGAAGGCAGCGUAUAUUGUACUGGGCAUCGCCGUUGGCACGAAUUAUUGCAAUGUUGAUGCAAGUAAGAAAGUGAAGACUGUCGAAGGUGGUUUAGCGGAUCUAAAAGAUGUGCCAUAUCAGGCUAACAUCUGGUACAAUUCGGUAAAUAAGUGUGGUGCAACUAUCAUCGACCAAUCGUGGGUAUUGACUAGAGCUCGUUGCAUCAAAAAUGAAAAAAAAAUCGUGGUACGAACAGGUAGCAAAUACAAAACUAUUGAUGGAACAAAACGCAAAGUAGAAAAAGUGAUUAUACAUCCUAAUUAUAACAACAUAACCAACGACAAUGAUAUCGCUCUAAUCAAGUUGAAAAAGCCUAUUGAAAUCAAUCAUCAUCAGAAGCCAAUACCAAUCGCAAAACCGUCUGACAUUCCGAAAGAAGGCCAAAGAAUGUUAAUAACUGGCUUUAGAGAUCAUAAUUGGUGUCCACCGAGCCCGUUGAAAUUCGCUUACGUAUCAGUAAUGCAUCAGGAAAACUGCACAAAAGCUUACCAAAGAACUCCGGUACCAGACAACGUAUUUUGCGCUACUAAUGGUCAUAUCAAUGCUUGUAAAGGCGAUUCCGGAGGUCCAGCUAUCAUUAACGGCAAGUUGUACGGAAUCAUCUCUUCUAGUGACUCGUGUGGUUCCCACGGUACUCCAGGUGUUUAUACUAGAGUUCAUAAGUAUUACAAUUGGAUUGUUAAUACCACGGGAUUGACAUUCUAA